GAGAGGCGGCUGAGCUGCUGUGGCGCAGGAGGGGGCGGGUUCGGCGAGGGCGCGGCCUUCGGGAGCCGGCGUGCGACGCGCAUCCCGGCGCUCGCCCGGGAGCCCCACUUGGCAAUCUGCUCCGUGCUUCUUCCUUGCGCCCGCCUCCUCUUGUCACCUCCCAGCUCCAUCCCCACCGCAUCCAGCGCCUUCCCAGUGCCUCCCAGAGCAAGAAGUGGUACGCGGGGCUGCAGGGCGCGCCCACAAGCGGACCCCGGCUCGGCCUUGCGGGGCUCGGGCAGCAGCAUGGACACCAGGCGCUGCUUCGCCAACCGCUUCGAUGACUACCAGGGCAGCCUGCUGGCGGGCCAGUGUGAGGAGGCGGUGGCGCCCUUGGUCACCACCACCAUCGAGCGCAUCCUCCGGGAGCUGCCCCCGCUCGGGGGCGGCGCUGAGGCCCGGGGCGCAGCGGCCGCGGCCAGCAGCUGCCAGGGCGGGCUGUACGGCGGCGUGGCCGGGGUGGCCUACAUGCUCUACCACGUCUCUCAGAGCCCGCUCUUUGCCGAGGCCCGGGAGCGCUACUUGCGCUCGGCCAAGCGCCUCAUCGACGCGUGCGCCCGCGCCGAGGAGUGGGGCGAGCCGGACGCCGACACCCGCGCCGCCUUCCUGCUCGGGGGCGCGGGCGUGUACGCCGUGGCCACGCUCGUGUACCACGCCCUGGGCCGGUCCGACUACGUGCAGCCGCUGGGCAAGUUCCGGGCUCUGUGCGCCGUCUGCGCGCCGCUCUCCUUCCUGGAGUGCGGUUCCGACGAGCUGUUCGUGGGCCGCGCCGGCUACCUGUGCGCCGCGCUCGUGCUCAAGCAGAAACUCGCUCAGGAGGUUCUGACCCCAGCACAGAUCAAAUCAAUUUGCCAGGCAAUUUUGGACUCUGGGAAGCAAUAUGCCAUGAAAAAGAGGAAACCAUUUCCCCUGAUGUAUUCCUACUAUGGAACCGAAUACUUAGGAGCAGCUCAUGGCCUGUCAUCCAUUCUCCAGAUGCUUCUUUCUUACCAUGAGCACCUGAAGCCCUCAGAACAGGAGCUGGUGUGGCAGAGUGUGGACUUCCUCAUGGAGCAGGAACAGAACUGCAACUGGCCACCUGAGCUUGGUGAAGCCAUCGAGAGAGAGAACGAGCUGGUGCACUGGUGCCACGGCGCCCCAGGAAUUGCCUAUCUGUUUGCCAAAGCUUAUCUGGUUUCCAAGAAACCGCAGUACCUGGACACAUGUAUCCGGUGUGGGGAACUCACGUGGCAGAAGGGCCUGCUAAAGAAGGGGCCGGGGAUUUGCCAUGGUGUAGCUGGCAGUGCCUAUGUCUUUCUGUUGCUAUACCGGCUCACAGGAAACUCUAAAUACAUCUACCGGGCCCAAAGGUUUGCUGAAUUUUUAUUUACUGAGGAAUUCAAGGCUGGUUCUCGGGUCCUUGAGAGUAUAUACAGCUUGUAUGAAGGUUUCUCGGGGACGGUGUGCUUUCUGAUCGAUCUGCUGCAGCCUAAUCAGGCUGAGUUCCCUCUCUUCAGUGUCUUCGUUUAGAUGACUCCAUCUCCCACUGUGGCCCUGCAGAAAGUCCCUGAGCUUUCCUGAGCAGACCUGAGGCAGUUUCCACAUAAGCUACAUUCAAUGGUAUCACAGCCAUGAGCCUUAACAUCGCUGCUAGAAGGAGGGGAGGGAGCAGGCAGAUGAAGGCAACAUGAUGCCAGACUUAAGGGAGAACAGUCUGAGAACCUGAGAAAUAAAAACAUCACAACUCUUCCAAAAAAGUAGAGGUUUAAUAUUUCAGGGAAUAGAUGUGAAACCAGAGAUCAGAGGAAAAGGGAAAGAAAAAUCAUCUGUCUGUCAGUUAUGGCAGAGAAAACGAAAAUGAAAUGUGGGCUAAGGCGAUAAAAUGCCAGUACCUUUGCAAUUGGAGAGAGAAUUUGACCAUUUGUGGGAGGCCUCCACCCCUAAAUUCAGAAAUAAAGACAAUUAAGAACCAGUCAUUCAGCUGAAAACUGCUAGAAGAGAUGAAGUGUCAGGUUGCUGAAGGACACAAGAGGGAACUCUUGGUUGUCCUAUGCCUUUACUUACUGAAAUUCAUGAUUUUUAUUGAAUGGAGAAAUUUAAAUAUAAAUCUGUUUUUUAUCAUUUCCCUGGGCACUUUAAAGAAAUCAUAUCAUAACUUAAGUUUCAACCCUGAAAUUUGAAUUUCCCUAGGCCUUACAUCUCUUUUCCUGGUUUCUUUGUCUUUCCUAAAGCUCAAUUAAAAUAGUAAAAUGCAUAGGCUAGCCAAAUAUUGUAGCAAGUGUUGCUGUGCAGUAUUUUUCUCAGCUUGAAGUGUGAGCUAUGUAUUAUCUAUUGUUAGUAAAUUUUAAAAUGCCUUUGUUGGCCCUAUGAAGCUGUUAGCUGAACUAUGAAACAUACUCCUGGUAAAAAUCACUUAUGUCAAAGAUCAGGGUAACCACUGCAAAGUAUGUCUCUUCUGCCUUUGAUGGAAUACUGUGUUCCAUGGGACAGGCAGACUCUGGCUGAGAAAGGAACUAGGGGUUGUGAAAAGAACAUUGCUUAGUUUUAUGCUAUUAGAUUAAGAGAUGAGUGGACUCUGUGGCUGAUCAGCUUACCUUCCAAGACACAGGCUCCACUAGAAACUGUCUACGGUACCCACUGGCCAAGUUGUUAUAUUACAUUGACCCUGCACCCUGCUUUAAACACAUAGAUGUUAUAAAACUACUUGAGGUAAAUAGUGGGCUGUAGAACACUGUAGGAGCAUCUGUCAGAUCAGAAUACAAGUUAACCCUUUUUAGAAUUUGGUCACUGGCAAUUUCAUGUAUCAGAGUAAAGAGGAAAUUGCAUGGUGUUUAAGAUCUAACAAUUAUUUAAAUAGUAAAUAUUUGGAUAUAUGUGCUGGAUGUAAAAAAAAGUAUAUAUACUCACACACACACACAAACAUACACAGAUUAUAUUCUACAUCUAUCCCUAUGUAAACCCAGGUACUUAUUUAGUUCAGUAGUUCCUAACUUUUUGAUUCAUAGAUGAACUUUGGGAGAAGCUGGGAAAUACUUGGUUGCCUAAAACUGUGUGUGUGUUGGCAUGUACAUGCAUGUGCCUGUGUGCUCGUGGUGGUGGUGGGGGGCACUCGUUUUUCCAGGAAGAGGACCUCUAGCAUUCAUAAGAGUCUCAGAGUAUCUGGCUGAAGAAAGAUAGGUUCUGCCUUUGUAUACUGUAUGACUCCAUGUUUGCCCUUAUCAGAAAAAACUAUGACAAGAUCAUUUUGAAAGCAUGUACGUUUUAGUUUAUUGUUUAAUUUCCACAUCCUCAAUAUAAAUAUAUAAAAUUGGCCUCAGUUGUUCAUCUUUGAAAAUACUCAGGUUGAGGCCUUGCCACAUAAUUAGCAGCUCUCAGAUGACUCCCAGAGUUGGGUUCUAGAAGUUCUUUCAUGAAUGGUAAGACUUCUAAGAAAGACUUUAAGGCAAAAUGCCUUCUACAAAAUCAUCUUUUGAAGUGGUAGUGAUACCUGCCUUCCACCAUCUGGUUUUAAAUUUACUUCAUUUGACCGCCAUAGGCUAAAGGUUAUAGGGAUCCAGUAUACAGGGCUUUGUGGAACACAUGCCAUUUUAAUUGUCUAGCAAUCUUUCAGGGUUACUUAGGUAAUUGAUCCCAAGUCUCACAGCUAGGAAGGGGCAAAAUGAGGAUUCAAAUCCAGCAUUUCACUUCACAAGUUAUUUAGUCAGUACACUAGACUAGAAUCUGGGGGUACAGCAGUGAGCAAAAUAUGUUGGAUAUUACCUUCUAUUUCUGUUAGCUGAUCCUUCAGCCAUUCAUACUUGAGACCUAAAACCUAAGGCACUAAAAAGUAAUCAUCCAGCUCAACAUAUCAGUUUUAUCUCCAGGAACAUCAGACAAAGUAGACUUGUUCCUGCUCACACACCCUUUUAGGGUCCAGUAGGGUAACUAUGACAUUGUGCUGACCAUUGGGAAAAGGCAACCCUUUUGUGCGUCAAAUCCAAGCAAAAGCCAUGUUUGACUGUGUCUUUAUGAAUUGACACUUUGGUAACUUAGAGUAAAUGAGAAACAAGGGUUUAGUACUUAAACAUGUUGAAAGUUCAUUUCAUUUUCCUGAAAGCAUAAAAUUAUAGGUUUGGAAAGUUCCUUCUGUAUCUUGUUUUCCCAAGAAGGGGAAAAAGUACCCUUAAGUGUUGCUGUAGAAAAGUGGGGCAUGUCGCUUCUUGUUUAACCAACUUGUUCUUUUCUAUGUAGUAAUGUUCUUGUUUUUGAAUAGUGUUUAAACACAUUGCCUCUUGAAGGCUACGGGGGCAUUUUCACCACCACUCAUAUAACUUUAGUAUUAUUUAUACAGUAUGUGUCAUGAACUGUUAUGAACCCUGAAGGUAACAGUGGAAAUAUUUGAGGCUAGACUGAAAGAAUCUCUCAAUAAUGGGGAGACUCCAUUAUACUUGGAGAACAGGAAGUUUUGGAAAAUAUUAUAACUGUAUAUUUUGUUUCACUAACAAAAUUAAGUACUUUCUCUUCCAUCAUACCCAAAAAUAUUAUAUUUAUUUAUUUUGCCCAAUCCCAUUUCAAUCAUCAGUUUUUACUUUUUUGUUCUAUUUGUAACGUAAUAAUUGAGGUUGGACAAACAGGUUAGACAGCUUGUAUUCCCCUGUGAUUCUUUAGGUAACUGACUACACAUUUUCUGAUAACUUGAGAAACAGUCAUUUUCUUGGUCUGUGCUAAACUGGAACUUUUCCAUGGCAAUUUAUAUCUUUGAGUUUCUUUGACACACUAAGAUUUU